UCGGCCUCUGUCCCCCCCACCCCCCCUUUCCCCGGUCUGGCUCUCUCCUUCGGAAAGAUGUCGGACACGGCAGUAGCUGACACUCGGCGCCUUAACUCGAAGCCGCAGGACCUCACCGACGCUUACGGGCCUCCGAGUAACUUCCUGGAGAUCGACAUCUUUAAUCCACAGACGGUGGGCGUGGGCCGCGCGCGCUUCACCACCUAUGAGGUUCGCAUGCGGACAAACCUACCUAUCUUCAAGCUGAAGGAGUCCUGUGUACGACGGCGCUACAGUGACUUUGAAUGGCUAAAAAAUGAGCUGGAGCGAGAUAGUAAGAUUGUAGUACCACCACUCCCUGGGAAAGCCUUGAAGCGGCAGCUCCCUUUCCGAGGAGACGAAGGGAUCUUUGAGGAGUCCUUUAUUGAAGAAAGGAGGCAGGGCCUGGAACAGUUUAUUAACAAAAUUGCUGGGCACCCACUGGCUCAGAACGAACGCUGCCUACACAUGUUCCUGCAGGAGGAGGCAAUUGACAGGAACUACGUCCCUGGGAAGGUGUGCUUGCUAGGCAAUAUAGCCAUCACAGGAGGAUACUGGUAAGGAAAAACAAAGCAGGAGAGAACUAUCAGAUAUACAGACAGGCUUGUUCCACAUCAUUCAUGGACAUUUGGGUUGUUUCCAUAUCUUGACUAUUGUAAAUAAUGCUCCACUGAAUAUGGGGGUGCAUAUACCUUUUUGAGUUAGUGUUUUCAUUAUCUUCAGAUAAAUACAAAAAGUGGAAUUGCUGGAUCAUAUGGUAGUUCUGUUUUUAAUUUUUUGAGGAAUCUCCGAACUAUUUUCCCUACUGGCUGCACCGAUUUACAUUCCCAUCAGUGAUGCACCCAAGGUUUCCCUGUUCUCCACAUCCUUACCAACAUUUGUUAUUUCUUGUCUUUUUGAAAUUAGCCAUUAUAACAGGGGGCUUCCCAGGUAGUGCUAGUGCCAAGGAACCUGCCUGCCAAUGCAGGAGCCAUAAGACACCUGGCUCCAUCCCUGAGUUGGGAAGAUCCCCUGGAGGAGGAAAUGGUAACCCACUCUAGUAUUCUCACCCUGGAGAAUUCCAUGGACAGAGGAACCUGGUGGGCUAUAGUCCAUGGGGUUGCAAAGAUUCGGAUAUGAUUGAAGUGACUUAGCAUGCAUUCUAACAGGUGUGUGGUGAUAUUGUGUGGUUUUGAUUUGCAUUUCCCUGAUGAUUAUUGAUAUUUCAUUUUUCAUGUACCUGUUGGCCAUUUGAAUGUCUUCUUUGGAAAAAUGUCUAUUUAGAUCUUCUGCUCAUUUUUAAAUCAGAUUUUUGUUUGUUUGUUACUAUUGAGUGUGGGCUUCCCAGGUGGCACUGUUGGUAAAGAAUCUGCCUGCCAAUGCAGGAGAUGCAAUAGAUGCAGGUUCGAUCCCUGGGUCGGGAAGAUCCCCUGGAGAAAGAAAUGGCAACCCACUCCAGCAUUCUUACCUGGGAAAUCUCAUGGACAGAGGAGCCUGGCGGUCUACAGUUCAUGGGGUUGCAAAAAGCUGGACAUGACUGAGUGCACACACUAUUGAGUGUACCUAUUGAGUGUAUGAAUUCUUUAUAUAUUUUGAAUAUUAACCUCUUAGCAGAUAUAUGAGUUUCACAUAUGUUCUAUUCAUUAGGUUGUCUUAAUUUUAUUGAUGGUUUCCUUUGCUGUGCAGAAGCUUUUUAGUUUGAUGUAGUCCCACAUGUUUAUUUUUGCUUUUGUUGCCUUUGGUUUUGAUGUGAAUCCAAAAAACCAUCACCAAGACUCAUGUGAAGGAACUUAGUUUUCCUCUAGGAGUUUUUAUAGUAUCCAAUCUUAAAUUUAGGGCUUUAAUCCAUUUUGAGUUUAUUUUUGUAUAUGGUGUUGGAGGAUGUUCCUUUUUUUUUUUUUUUUUUGCUUGCACUGAGUCUUCGUUGCCACACAUGGGCUUUCUCUAGUUGUGGUGAGUGGGCCUACUCUUCAUUGCAGUGUGCAGGCUUCUUAUUGAAGUGGCUUCUCUGUUGCACAGCACAGGCUCCAGGCACAUGGGCUUCAGUAGUUGCAGCAGAUAGGCUUAGUAGUUGCAGCUUGCAGGCCCUAGACCAUGCAGGCUUCAGUAGUUAUGGCCCACAGUAGCUUAGUUGCUCUGUGGCAUGUGGAAUCUUCCCAGACCAGGGAUCAAACCCAUUUUCCCUGCAUUGGCAGGUGGAUUCCUAUCCACUGUACCACCAGGGAAGUCCCAGAGUGUUCUAAUUUUAUUCUUUUACAUGUAGCUGUCCAGCUUCCCCAGCACUAUUUAUAGAAGAGAGUGCCCUUUCUCCAUUGUGUAUUCUUGUCUCUUUUGUGAUUGGUCAUAUGGUCAAUUGACCGUAAGAGCAUGGGUUUAUUUUGGACCUCUGCACUCUGUUCCAUUGAUCUAUAUAUGUGUUUUUAUGCCAGUAACACUGUUUUGAUGACUGUAGCUUUGCAGUAUAGUUUGUAAUUGGGGAGUGUGAUACUGUGUUCUUCUUUCUGAAGAUUAUUUUGCCUAUUUGGAGUCUUAGCUCAUUCAUUUAAAAUAUUAUUUAUUUAUUUAGAUGAAUAAGAAUUAUAUAUAUGUAUAUAUAUUUAAAGAUUGUAUAUAUUUAAGGUGUAAAAUGUUAUGCUUUGAUAUAUGUACACAUUGUGAUAUGAUUCCACAACCAAACUAAUUAACAUAACUCCCGUAGUUACCACUUUUUGCUGUGUGUAGUGAGAACACUAGAGAUCUACUUUUUUAACUAUAUAAUACAUUGUUAUUAACUAUAGUCACCAUGCAUAUAUUAGGUUUCCAGAACUUAUUUAUCUUAUAACUGAAAGUUUGUACCCUUUGAUACAAAAAAAUUAUUUUUUCUUUUCCCUCCACCCCCAGCCUGUGGUAACCACCAUUAUACUUUCUAACUCAAUGCCAACUAAUUAAUUUUAAUAGCUGUAUAGUGUCCCAUUGUAUAUAUGAACUAUUAUUUUAUUUAGCCAAAUCCACUGAUAGACAUUUGGGUUGUUAUAAUGUUUGACUAUUACAUUCUUUGUACAUGUAUCUAUGUGCCUAUGUGAGUAUAUAGGAUGAAGUUUUAGAAAUGUAUUGCUAUGUGAAAUGGUAUGCACACUUAGAAUUUCAAUUACAGUCAUAGACUCUACCAUUUUAUACCCUUUACCGAGAGAAUAUGAAGGUAUGUUUUUCCCACAUACUUGUCAAUAUUGGGUAUUAUCAAUCAUUUUAUAUUCUUUCCAAGGAGAGUUGUUUGUAAUCCAUUUUGUUUUCACUCAGUAGCAUGUUCUGAACUUUUUUCUGUGUCAAUGAAUAUGCAUUGUACCAUAAUUUUAAAUGGCUGUGUAGUAUUCUAAUUUGUGGAUGUAAUAUAAUUUAAUUUUCUCUUAAUGGACAUUUAGGUUGUUUUCAGGUUUUCUUGCUAUUAUAAGUACCUGUGAUGAACAUUCUUACCCAUGAAUCUUUGUGUAAUUGUCUGGUUCUCUCCUUAGUAAAAUGUAUUACUUGUUAAUGCAUUUAUUAACCAACAUUUGCUUCAAAAUCUAUAGCUUGUAAGGAACAGUUUAUAUGUAAUGCUUCUUUUGUUUAGCAUAAUGUUUUUGAGAUUUUCCCAUGUUAAUUGUGCAUAUCAAGUUUUCUCCUUUUUGUUAUUGAGUGAUAUCCCAUUGUGUGAAUAUGCCAGUCUGUCCUUUCUAUUAUUGAUGAACAUUUGGAUUGUUUAUGUUUUUUUAUCUAUUAUGACUAAAGUCUUUUCAUAAACAUAUACUUUUGUUGCUU